AUGGAGGGAAUCGGAUCGGAAGUUAGUCAAAAAAUAAGGGCUGCCAUAAAAGCCAAGCUUAUAGAAUUAGGAGCUUAUGUUGAUGAUGAAUUACCUGACUAUAUAAUGGUUAUGGUUGCUAACAAGAGAACAAAAUCACAAAUGGAUGAAGAUUUACAACUUUUUCUAACAUCAAAUACUAAAACAUUCACAUCAUGGUUACAUACAGUUCUUCAAAAACUCCAAGAAGUUACCGUUGCUACAUUUGAUGAAGCUUUUAAUAGAGUCGAUGAUGUAUCGAAACAUAAUCCAAUCACAUUGGAGUGUGAUGCCGAUAAUAAAUCAUCGAUAGAUAAAACAGAUGAAUUUUUAAAAAAUUCUUCUUUCAACAAUAAAAAAUCUCAAUUCAUAUCAGAUAAAGAAACAAAUGAUUUAAAUGUAGGACAAAAUAAAAAUGAAGAAAAUUUAUUGAAAACUUCUUCGGUAAAUAAAAAUACAACAGAUGAAAAAACAGAAGGUUUGAAAGAAGAAAAUAAUUUAAAAAAAGGACUGAUUGAAGAUGAAUUUAAUAUUGAACCAUUACAACCAGCAGAAAAAUUUUGUACAGAUGAACAAUAUAUAAGUUGUGUUGUGAAUGUCGAUAAAGAUUCAAAUUAUUCUACGAGUCAGAAAUCAAAAUCCGAUGAGGUAAUAAUAACAAUGGCGAAAAAUAAUAAAUCCGAUUCGGAGGAAUCAAUGUCACCGGAAGAAAUGAGAAAACAAUUAUUAUUAAGUAGAGCUAAAAAAAAAUUAGAAAAUAGUAAAUUAGCCGAUAGAAUGAGAUCUAAUUCACCCGAUGUAUUAGUCAUAGAAGACGAUAGUAAAAAUAUCGAAAAAGAUUUAUGUUUUUCUUCAAGUCAACAAGAUAAUUACAAACCGUCCACCGUCGUCAAAUCAACGCUUCCAUAUUCUUCGAACACGUGUAAUAAAUAUUCGGAUUUAUCACCCGAUCGUAAAAAAUUUUCAUCGUCCUCUCAUUUAAGAAAAUCUCCGGAAUCUCCGACUCACAGGCACGGUGGUAUAAGUGAAAUGUACAAAACGAAAGAAGUUAAAGAAAGGAACAAAGACGAGAGCAAAAGGAAAAAAUUUUCAAGGAGUUCAUCAUCCAAAGAUAGGAAAAGUAUUUCAUCUCAUUCGAUAAACGACGAUCGAGAAUUAGAUAAAAAAAAUUUAGCAGAAGACAAAAGGAAAAAUAAAAAUAUAAUUAAAAUAUCGGAAAGUUUGGAGUUGGAAAAAAAUUUCGGUGUUAAAAAGGAAAAAGAUAGGAACAGGGAAAAGGAAAAUUCGACGAACAAGAAAAAAUCAUCGAUAUUUUCCAGAGUUGUCACAAUAACCGGACCGGAAGCUCCAGAAAUUUCAAGCAUAGUCAAAGUUAAACCGAGAGAAUUUAUUGCCAAAGACAAACAAGCUAACAAAGCAUUAAUAUUAAAAGCCGUUGCAGAUGCUGAGAAAUCCAUAGCGACGAUUAAUACGAGAAUCGAACCGGAAACGGAAAUGAAAAGGGAAGCACUUUUCACUAAAAAUUUAAGGGGUAAAAGAUUUGAAAAAUUAGCCGUCACACUAUCGAACAUUCGAAAAAGUUCCGACAGAUCGGAUAGUAAAUUGGGAUCGGAAAAAAGUGAUAAAUCCAGGUGUAAAUUGGACAGUUCGGAAAAAUCAAAAGGACUCCGUGGGAAAUCGGAUUUGAUGUCGAGAGAAAUGUCAAAAAGUGAAGAUCAAUUUAUCAGUAGCAAAACGACGAUUAUGGAAAAAAAUGAUAAAUAUAUCAGGUGUUGGCUCGAAGGAGUCGAAAAGGCUGUGAAAGAUGAGGAAAUGGUUAAUCCAGACGACAUGGAAGAUCUUAUAAUUCAAACAACCGUAUCGAACGAUGAAAUAGAAGAAUUUAACGAAAACGACAACGCAGACGACGACGCCGCCGACGACGGUGACAAAAUGGAAAACGAUGGUAAGAAAAGGAAAAAAAUUUCAAGUUCGAACGUUUUGGAGAAAAAUUUCAACAAAAAUCAAAAACUCACGGAUCAGGAAAUAGCAAAUUUAAGAGUCAUACCUGAUUCGAAGAGUAAUCAUCAUCAAGACGGACCACAAAUCGUCGUCACGUUAGACGGACUCGAUUCGAAAACUAUAAAAGAUAUCAUAUUGAGAAAUAAGCAAACCGUAAACGGUCCCAUAUUGAAUUCGUCUAAACGAUUACUCGCGAGAGAAAGAGAAACGGAUAAAAGAAAUAAUAAUAAUAAUAAAUCCUCGGAUUUAAGGGAGGCAAAAGGAAGUGAAUCGUGCGUGAGAAAAAAAACGAACGUGGAAAAGAUAAGCGAUAGAUUCGGGAGAUUGAAUAACAAUGUGAAUAAAUGUAACGAAGAAGAAACGGAAAAUUCGGAAAACGAUGUUGAAGUGACGGCGACGAGUAGGAGUCGUGCGACGGAUAAAAAAAUGUCGUCGAAUUCGAAAGAAAGUAAAAACAGACAGCUCAUUGCUCAACUGUCGGAAAAGUUUGGAAAAGUCGAUAGGGAUUUCGUGAAUAAAAAGCGUAAAUACGACGGAGACGACGAUAGGAAAUAUGGGAAAAUUCGGGAACCGAAAAAAUUGGACAGGAGGGAUGACGACAGGAAUAAUGGAAAGUACAAAAAAUCCGAGAGGAGGAGGACGAGAUCGACGAGAGACGACGAAUCCUCUCCUUCGCGUCCUCCGGUUCGGAGAAGAACGAGUUCGUCGACGAGUUCCGCACCACAAGUCUGUUGUAAAUUUUAUCCGAAUUGUAAAAACGUCGACUGUCGUUAUUUUCAUCCGAAAAAAUGCCGGUUCGACACGGAUUGCACAAAUCCAGACUGCAAAUACGUUCACUCCGAAAAGAAGAUUGUCGGAAAGAAAAAAUUCAAGUGGUAUUCAAAAUCUUAG